UACCGUGGCCGGAUGUUACGGUAACGGGAACCGGAAACCAAAACGUGUGACUCGCUUGACUUCGGUGCGUUUGUGCUGCUGUGGACACAGCACGCCCGUGACUCCUUUUUGCGCCACUAAAACAUCCUUAAGUGGGAUCUUCGCUCGCCAGCCGCUAACGGGCAGAUCACGUCGCUGAGCGGAGAUCGGGCGUGAGUGCAAAGUCUGGCGGAUGCCGUGUGAAAAUGUGCGCAAACGGCGUGAAAGAAGAAGAGUGCGCGGUGGACAUGUGUGGAAUAGAAGACGAGAACGAGCGACCGCGGCCUCCACUUGUGCUCCCCGCAGCAGACGUCUGUGAUGAUCUUCAUCCUGAGCAACAGCAACCAGAGUCAACGCACAUAAAGGAGGAAGAGGAGGAGGAGCCCCCUUACGUUGUAGUGGAAGUACAGCCAGAUCCCCUUCACCUUAAAGAGGAAGAGGAGGACGGAGAGACCCUCUACAUUAAGGAGGAAGAGGAGCAUAACCUCAUCAAGUUUCCAUUGACCUUUGUUCCUUUUAAGAGUGAAGACGAUGAAGACAAAGGUCAAAGUGAAGCCAACAGAGGGGCGGAGCCUCCAAGCAGCAGCUCAAGUCAACACAUGACAACAGAAGGUGAUGGCGGAUCCCAAUCAGACCGCCUCUUAGCUCCGCUAUCAGAUAGUGACGACAUAACGUCACACUCUCAUGAUCAUGAUGAUGACGAUGAUGAUGAUGAAUACCCUAAAGACGUCAGUGAAAAAUAUUUUCAUCCUGAGCAACAAGGACCUCCUCACAUUAAAGAGGAAGAGGAGCCAGUGUCCUUUCACGUUAAAGACGAAGAGGAGGGUGAGCUCACCGAGUUCCCGUUGACCUUUGACCAUUUGAAGGGUGAACAAGAUGAAGACAAAGGUCAACAGCACGAGGAGAACAGAGGGACAGAGCCUCCAAGCAGCAGCUCACGUCAACGCAUGGCAGCAGAAGAUGAUGGAGACCACUGUGGAGCAGCACAAGCAGGCGGCCUCUUUGCGCCACUAUCAGAUAGUGACGACACAUCAUCACAAUCUCAUGAUGAUGACGAUAAUGCCCAUGACGGAGAGUACUCUAAAGGUGAAUUGACAUGUCACACUGACAACAAACAUGUAAAAUGCUCGCGGUGCGGUAAAACCUUUAGUUCAAAGUGGGGGUUGAAAGUGCACACAAGAACACACACUGGGGAAAAAGCUUUCGCCUGCUCAGUUUGCGCUAAAAGAUUCUCUGUCAAGGAACGUUUAAUAAUGCACAACAGAACACACACUGGAGAGAAACCUUUUGCAUGCACAAUUUGCGAUCAAAGAUUCUCUGUUAAGACACAUUUAACGACACACAAAAGAACACACACUGGGGAGAAACCUUUUGCCUGCUUAGUCUGCGGUCAAAAAUUCUCUGUGAAAUAUAGUUUAAUAAUUCACACAAGAAAACACACUGGGGAAAAACCUUUUGCCUGCUCUGUAUGUGAUAAAAGAUUCACUCAGAAGGGAGAUUUAAGAAUACACACAAGAACACACACUGGGGAGAAACCUUUUGUCUGCUCAGUUUGUGGGAGGAGCUUUACUCUCAAGGGACAUUUAAGAGCACACACAAGAACGCAUACUGGAGAGAAACCUUUUGCCUGUUUAGUUUGUGGUCAAAGAUUCUCUGUAAGCGGAAGCUUAAGAACACACACAAGAACACACACUGGAGAAAAACCAUUCAGUUGCAGCGUGUGUGAUAAAAUAUUCUCUCGUAAGGAUCAUGUUAAGAGACACAAGUGUGCUGGUGAAAAUAGAAGUGAUCAGUGAACCAUGAAAGAAACGGCAAGCUGUAAAAGUGUGUGUGUGUUCCUGAACACACAAUGACGGGGAAUUCGUUGAGGAUGAUGCAAAGACUGUAAAUUAAAAAAAAAUCACGAAUGACGACAGAAUUAUGGUGUUGUGUAAUGUAUCACUGCGACAGAGUGAUGGGAGUGAAGUUUACAUACACGCAUCAUGGGCAUUGUAUAUUAAUAAAAUCAUAAUUGUAUUGUUGUAUUUCAAAUAAAGCAAUCGUCAUUGUCUUCAACAUA